AUGCAGGUGGGGAGGAGCGCGAUAUCGCAAGACUACGAGGCAGGAGCAGAGAGCAUCUCGAUCAUUUCGCCGCUCGAACUGUUCGGUCCUCUGGUGCAUUACGUCAAGGUCGAUGGGCAGUUCAUGAUAUGCCUUGUGGACGGUGUCUCUCACUUGACCGUGAGGACGGCAGGGAGCUCAGCAAUCAACGUCGUCAAGGUGGAGAACAACAAACUCUCUGUGACCCCCAUCUCUGUUCGAACACCUGGAAAGGAAGGAGACGCCAUCGUCUUCGCCGGCAGCGGGGCUUUCGGACUCGCGGGAUCGCCAGGCACAGGGCUGAAGGAGUCACGGAUUGAUAUGAGCGUGUUAGUGAGAGAAGUGGAACUGCUCGACUCCCUUCAGGCUUCCGAUACGAGUGCGAACGAGAUGGUUCAGAGACGCACGAUACUGGCUGCAGAGAGACAACACGAGGCGGAAAGGUGGGAGGAAGAGGGAGAUGCUUUAUUCUGGGAGGGAAUACAGGAAGAGAUAAAAGAAGACCCUAUCAAACUAUUCUAUUGCCCUAUUCUAGACAGCAGAGCCCACCAUUUGAAUCAAAGUGCAAGGUUGAAGUACAACGAGGCCGCAAGACUUUUCGGGAUGUGCAUCGAGGUGGAUAACACCAUCACUCGGUAUUACGCCAAGAGAUGCGCAGCUUACUGCAAGUUGGUCCGUUUCGAGAUCGCCGAGUUAGAUGCCACCAAGUUUUCCAGCAUUCUUCCAGACACUCCGACCGCGCACAUGCUGAAAGCUGUCGUGAUGGACGGCAAGAAGCAAUUCAGUGCAGCGAUCCAUCACUUCAAGGAAGCGUUGAAGCUCGCUGACCUCAUCGUUUACGACGACCUCAGGGUUUGGUCGACCGGCACUUUGAUCCGAGAUAGCCUCCAGAAGACUGUCCGAUCGCAACAGGAUCAGAUUGAGCGAGCAAAGACAGCUAAUCUACAUGGAAUCCAAUGGAGGGAGAAGGGAGAGUACUCCAAGGCAAUCCCAUGUCUGCAGGAGGCGAUCCAUCUCAACGCGGUCUCUCUCGGCAAGGAACACCCCUUCUACGCCACCACUCUGAGCAACGCAGGGUCUUGCUACGAGGCCAUGGGCAACUACGACGAAUCUCUCAAGAUCUACAAUACGGCCUUGACUUUGACGGGCAACUCUUGUCAGGGAGUUCUCGAGGUGCUGGUGAUGUCCGGCAGACACCUUCCCAGCCUGCGGGAGGGAGAGGAAUGUCGGUGUAACCCAUACGUGGAGAUAGAGGAAAUGCGAAGUCAAGGGAUAGAGGAAGUGCAAGGUCAAGGGAUAGAGGAAGUGCAAGGUCAAGGCCAGCGAAUGAAAUUCCGCACACACGUCCGAAGGUGUGACCUGCAACCCAAGUGGAAUCAAGUGAUUCGAAUCCCUGAAAUCCAUGGCGACUGUAAGGUUGUGAUUCGCUUGAAGAGCGAACAUCACAUGCGCAAAAUUUAUCGGGAGAAACUUGAAAUUGAGAGAAAGGCGCUGGAAGAAAAGCAAGAAGAGAUGAACAAUCUCACUUCUUCCUUGGAAAAGAAUCAAGAAGAAGUAGAUUUCCUCAGAAGUCAGGGUAAGCGAAGACAGUCUCUGCUCUUGCGGAAACAAGAGGCAUUGAAUGAUGAACUGCAUUUCUUCAAGCUACGAGAAACAGCAUUAGCAAAUGUCAAGGACAACAUUUCUCAUUUGGAAAUGCUCGAAAACAGUUUAGAAGAUAUUGAGAUCGGAUCAUUCAUCUUCAAUGUUUCAUCUUUGUCCAACAAUUUGUCAGGGGGUCAUGAGUUUGAAAGCUUUGCUUGGCACGAAGUCUUAGAUGUGCAUGGAAAGCAGGUGCGAGGAGAAGAUUAUGGGAUCACGGCAAUCCAAACUCAAACCAAGUGGAUGCCUGUAUCAUCGGAAUAUUCUUUCAAGCUGUCGAACGUUGGGAAUCUGCACAGGAUUCUUGCUGAGCGACAUUUUUCUGUUUCAGGAGGACAGCUGGACGUAAGGAAGAUGGAGUAUCACUUCGAAGUAGCCGAAAAGAGCCUGGAAGCCUCGAUUGUCGUCAUGAAGAGGCAGAGCUGUGAAGUGGACGAAUACUACCUGAUCCCGGAGAUGGUGAAGGAGAUGAAGUUUGACCUUGCUCCCUCCGACGAAGCCUGCAUUGUGCUCGAGAAUCUUGGCCGUUUGUUCUACAGUCGAAGUCUAGAGCAGAAGCUUCCCAAGGGAACUCCCGAGCAUGAAAUCGCGCAUCUGACAGAGACCUGGAAGAAAUACCACAAGAAAGCGCUGAGAGUGUUUGACCUGGCGCUCGACAUCAGGUCAAAACUCUCCGGAGAGGACGAGAAGUACCUGGAGCUGCUGAAGCUCCUGGUGAACCUGCACACCGAGAAGAACAACUACCAGGACGCGUACACGUUGCAGGAGCGAGCUCUCGAGCUCACCCGGCGGAUCCAUGGGGAGGAAAGCGCGGCCUGGAACUCCGAGCUCGCCGUCAUGUCGGAGCUGCACGCGCAGGCGGGAGAGUCGAGGGUGGUGGAGCAUGGCAGCACAUGGCACAUCGACUCGAACCGAAGCUGGCACUGGGACGUGGCCGUAGGAAUCUCCAAGAGGAUUCAGAAACAGUCGACCGGGAUGCAGCGGAGGUAUCAGCAAGCAGAUGUCAAGUUUCAGCAGGAGGAGGACUCCAUGUUGGAAGAGAGGACUCGCAUCCUGAACCCGCCGCCCAUCACAGACUUCUCCAUCCAGAGCAAGCAUGCUUCGCUCUUUUCCAAGUUGUCAUCGUCGCGCGAUCAAGACCCAAGUGCGUCGAUGCCGUUGAGCAAGACAAGGGUCCGGGCAGCGAAGUUUGAGUUUCCCGACAGACUGCAAGUGCGCAUGGAUGCUCAGCAUUGGCCAAACCGUCUGAUACAUACGAAGAGAUCGUAA